GCUGAAGGGGUCCGGAGGUCCUGUGACGGUGUUCUGGGCCGGAGAUCUAAACAAUCUAAACAUUAAACAGUACAGCUGCCUCAAAUCCCUGGGAAUUUCAGAAUGACUGACACUUCUGAAGCUGUUCCAAAUUUUGAAGAGAUGUUUGCCAGUAGAUUCACAGAAGAUGACAAAGAGCACCAGGAAUACCUGAAACGCCCUCCUGAGUCCUCUCCAAUUGUUGAGGAAUGGAAUAGCAGAGCUGGUGGGAACCAAAGAAAUAGAGGCAGUCGGUUGCAAGAUAACAGACAGUUUAGGGGUAGGGAUAGCAGACGGGGGUGGCCAAGUGACAAUCGAUCCAAUCAGUGGCAUGGACGAUCCUGGGGUAACAAUUACCCGCAGCACAGACAAGAAUCUUACUACCCCCAUCAAUAUGGACACUAUGGUUACAACCAACGGCCUCCCUAUGGCUACUACUGAUAGAAAUGUCAGCAGCUUUUAGUAAAACCAUUUACUCUGUUAACAUGACAAAAGUUUAUGUUGUAUUUUCUGUUGGUCAUAGUUUUACAUCUGAUUGUAGAGAGUGGAUUGAUUUUUUGGAACUUGAGACAUUUUUUAAAUUAGAUCUUACUGGAGAGAUAUGAUGGCUGCUGGAAAU